AGGAAUCGGCAUUGUGGAUGCUGGGGCUGACACACGGAUGAGUUGGAGAGAAUUGUCUCUAGGAGAGCUCCAGGCUUCAACUCCUCAUGUUGGACCCAACAUAUAAAUUCCAACCAACGGUAGAAUACCGCCCGAUUCGGCUCUCGGAUCUCCAGGUGCUCGAGCAGAUUCAUGUUGAUCUGUUUCCUGUAAGGUAUGAGAGGGAUUUCUUCCUGGAUGUUGUUAAUGGCAAUGGCAUCAUAUCCUGGGGCGCUGUCGACACGAGCAGAUCAGAUGAGCUUGUUGGGUUUGUUACCACCAAGAUGGUUUCUGCACAAGACAGUGAGAUUGAAGAUUUGUUUAGCAACAGCUGUUUGUGGAAAGACCCGACUCUUGUGUAUAUACUAACACUCGGCGUGGUAGAUCGUUACAGAAACCUUGGCAUAGCAUCUUCCCUGGUUCAGGAGGUGAUUAAAUAUGGUACAAGUAUCAUCAACUGCAGGGGUGUAUAUUUGCAUGUAAUUUCAUACAAUCAACCUGCAAUCAGAUUCUAUGAGAAGAUGCUAUUUAACCUUGUUAGAAGAUUGCCAAUGUUCUACUACAUUAAAGGACAGCAUUACGACUCGUUCUUGUUCGUAUACUAUGUCCGUGAGGGCCUUUCACCUUGUUCACUACUGGGCUUCCUGGAGGUGCUGGUUACAAAGAUAUGGAGCAACAAAAACCAAAGUACACAUGAAUGGUCCAGAUUUAAGGAAUCAAGCACCCUUUUGGUUACACAGACUGAUACGAGGAUAAUCAGCAAUGAAGAUAAGAGAUGCCAUGUCUAAUUUAUACUCCGGGGUGUCUUAUUUACAAAUGGAUGGUGCCUUCUGAUGCAUUGCUAAAUUAGUUGUAAUUCAUCAAGCAUAGUCUUGUUCAUGAUUAUACAGAAAAAAUAUGUGUAGAAAGAAAUUCCAUUAUCA